AUCCAUCCAUCCAUCCAUUCAUUCAUUCAUUCAUCCAUCCAGAAAUGAUGAGUUAAUAAUCGCAAUUGUCCGUAUGGAAAUUGCGCUAAAAACUGCUAGUAGCAGAUAGAAAGUUGGUGGUAAGCGUUCCAGAAAGACAUUUUAUACACACGAUAAUUUGGUAGAUGUAUUUACCUUUCACAUAUAUAUUAGCAUACAAUAAUGUUAUCAGUUUCAAAAACAUUUCUAGUUCUAGGUAUAGAAAAUAUGACAUUAUCAUGUUUCAAGAACAUUUCUAGUUCUAGGUUUAGAAAAUGUGACAUUAUCAUGUUUCAAGAAAACUUCAGUUCCUGAUGAAGCUCAGGACAGCACAAGAAAUGUUAGUCCAACCGAGAACGACACAAGCAAGAUAUUAUUUGUGGCUGGACUGGUCCUCUUGUUACUGGGCAUUUUUUGCUUUGAUCAUAUCCCUGUUUUUGAUCAGUCUUAGAAAACGACACAAGAAGGAAUGUGCUGAUAAGAAGGAAAUGAACGAGAUCCAGCAGGACACGUACGAAUGUAUCGAUGCCCAGACUGACAUUGAGAAAGACCCGCCGAGCAAAAGCUCGAGGGCGUCGAGACUACACCCCAACCAGCGACUCGAGAAUACGUCAGGUAAACUGCAACAAGACAGCACGUCAAGCAACCUGCGACACGACAGCACGUCAGGCAUCCUGCGACACGACAACACGUCAGGCAUCCUGCGACACGACAGCAUGUCAGAUGACGAGGCUGACCCCAGCUGGAGCCAGUCCACACAGGAUGUGAGCGAGGCGGCAGACCAGCUGUACGAGAUGAUUGCCGACGUGUCUCCAGCACAGCCUCCAAUGGCCGAGGUCUCACCUUACUCGCGUGUACCCAAGUCAGAAAUAGCACUAAGAAACCCGUACAUUCAAGCAAGCAGCGGGAGGUUUAGGGCUUUUUCAACUCCCAAAUUGGACACCCCGACCGCUGGAGCAUCGGAUGGUAGUCAACACGUGUAUGCCCACUUGAGCCGAGACGGGAGGUCAAGAUCAGACAAAGUGGACACACAAAGCGAUUACUUUCUCGUGGACACCAGGAGGCGUCAGACAGUGGGGGAUACUGCCGAGAUGGACAGUGCAGCAGCGCUUUACAAUUAUGUAGAUAGUUCGAACAUUGACAAGGGUUCGACAAACAACAGUAAAGUGACGGAUCAUGUGACUGAAUUGUAUAGCUGUCUAACAGAUAGUGCUACAAGUGGAGAUGCAAACAUUGGCUACACAAACAACACAAAUGACACCGUCAGCAGACUUGGCCGCGAACAGACGUCAACAUUUCCAGUGAUCAUUCACUUAAAAACGUGUGACAACCAUCACGACAAGCCGAACACCACAUUACAAGAGGCUGAGGAAUCUCCAGCAUAUGCAAAUUGUUAUACUAAAAAUAUGACGGACACUGGACAAACUUCCACAGGACAGGAAGAAAUGACGGACACUGGACAAACUUCCACAGGACAGGAAGAUAUGACGAACACUGGACAAACUUCCACAGGACAGGAAUAUAUGACGGACACUGGACAAACUUCCACAGGACAGGAAGAAAUGACGGACACUGGACAAACUUCCACAGGACAGGAAGAUAUGACGGACACUGGACAAACUUGCCCAGGGCAGGGAGAUAUGACGGACACUGGACAAACUUGCCCAGGGCAGGGAGAUAUUACGGACACUGGACAAACUUGCCCAGGGCAGGGAGAUAUGACGGACACUGGACAAACUUGCCCAGGGCAGGGAGAUAUGACGGACACUGGACAAACUUGCCCAGGACAGGAAGAUAUGACGGACACUGGACAUACUUCCACAGGACAGGAAUAUAUGACGGACACUGGACAAACCUCGACAGGACAGGAAGAUAUGACGGACACUGGACAAACUUGCCCAGGGCAGGAAGAUAUGACGGACACUGGACAAACUUGGCCAUCACAGGAAGAUAUGACGGACACUGGACAUACUUUGCCAGGACAGGAAGAUAUGACGGACACUGGACAAACCUCGACAGGACAGGAAGAUAUGACGGACACUGGACAAACUUGCCCAGGGCAGGAAGAUAUGACGGACACUGGACAAACUUGGCCAUCACAGGAAGAUAUGACGGACACUGGACAAACUUGCCCAGGGCAGGAAGAUAUGACGGACACUGGACAAACUUGGCCAUCACAGGAAGAUAUGACGGACACUGGACAAACUUGCUCAGGGCAGGAAGAUAUGACGGACACUGGACAAACUUGGCCAUCACAGGAAGAUAUGACGGACACUGGACAAACUUGCCCAGGACAGGAAGAUACGACAGACACUGGACAAACUUGGCCAGGACAGGAAGAUACGACGGACUAUGGACUAACUUGCCCAGGACAGGAAGAUAUGACAGACACUGGACAAACUUGCCCAGGACAGGAAGAUAUGACAGACACUGGACAAACUUGCCCAGGACAGGAAGAUACGACGGACACUGGACAGACUUCCACUGGACAGGAAGAUAUGACAGACACUGGACAAACUUGCCUAGGACAGGAAGAUAUGACAGACACUGGACAAACUUGCCCAGGACAGGAAGAUAUGACAGACACUGGACAAACUUGCCCAGGACAGGAAGAUAUGACAGACACUGGACAAACUUGGCCAGGACAGGAAGAUACGACGGACUAUGGACUAACUUGCCCAGGACAGGAACAUGAUCUUUAUUGUAUCGAUCAAACUAAAUUGAAUUACUGUACUCUUUAACAAUGUUCUUGCAAAUAAAUAAAUAAUAUAUGGAAUUAAGUC